GCGCCGUGGCAGUCACGACCCGCCGCGCAGCAGGAGGAACCAUGGCGAUGAAGGCGCUCAGAGGGAUGAUGAACGGCGCCAUGAACGAGCUCUCCUCGGCCGUGAGCGGCAGCAGGCCCGCGCCCGCCGCCGCACCGGGCCCCGCCGGGACCGCCGCCUCCCGGGAGCACGCCAUGGCCGCGAGCCGCGACUACAUCACGCAGCCGCGACUGACCUACAGGACGGUGUCUGGGGUCAACGGGCCGCUGGUCAUCCUGGACCAGGUGAAGUUUCCUCGAUACGCCGAGAUCGUCCACCUCACGCUGCCCGACGGUACCAGGAGGAGCGGGCAGGUUCUGGAGGUGAACGGCUCCAAGGCUGUGGUGCAGGUUUUUGAAGGGACUGCAGGUAUCGAUGCCAAGAAGACCAGCUGUGAGUUCACGGGCGACAUCCUGCGGACGCCGGUCUCUGAGGACAUGCUGGGCCGGGUGUUCAACGGGUCAGGGAAACCCAUCGACAGAGGACCUGCCGUGCUGGCGGAGGACUACCUGGACAUCAUGGGACAGCCCAUCAACCCUCAGUGCCGCAUCUACCCCGAGGAGAUGAUCCAGACCGGCAUCUCCGCCAUCGACGGCAUGAACAGCAUCGCCAGAGGCCAGAAGAUCCCCAUCUUCUCUGCAGCAGGACUGCCGCACAACGAGAUCGCGGCUCAGAUCUGUCGGCAGGCUGGUUUGGUGAAGAAGUCUAAGGACGUGAUGGACUACAGCGAGGACAACUUUGCCAUCGUCUUUGCAGCCAUGGGGGUCAACAUGGAGACAGCCCGGUUCUUCAAGUCCGACUUUGAGGAGAACGGAUCCAUGGACAACGUCUGUCUGUUCCUCAACCUGGCCAAUGACCCAACCAUUGAGCGGAUCAUCACGCCGCGGCUGGCGCUGACGUCGGCGGAGUACCUGGCCUACCAGUGUGAGAAGCACGUGCUGGUCAUCCUGACCGACAUGAGUUCGUACGCUGAGGCGCUCAGAGAGGUGUCUGCAGCCCGGGAGGAGGUCCCGGGUCGGAGAGGUUUCCCAGGAUACAUGUACACAGACCUGGCGACCAUCUACGAGAGGGCGGGCAGAGUGGAAGGACGGAACGGUUCCAUCACCCAGAUCCCCAUCCUCACCAUGCCCAACGACGACAUCACCCACCCCAUUCCUGACCUGACGGGGUACAUCACCGAGGGGCAGAUCUACGUGGACAGACAGCUUCACAACAGGCAGAUCUAUCCUCCCAUCAAUGUGCUGCCGUCUCUCUCUCGACUGAUGAAGUCCGCCAUCGGCGAGGGAAUGACCCGCAAAGACCACUCGGAUGUUUCCAACCAGCUGUACGCAUGCUACGCCAUCGGUAAGGACGUCCAGGCCAUGAAGGCUGUGGUCGGAGAAGAGGCUCUGACUGCUGACGACCUGCUCUAUCUGGAGUUCCUCAGCAAGUUUGAGAAGAACUUCAUUUCCCAAGGAGCCUACGAGAACCGGAGCGUGUUCGAGACUCUGGACGUGGGCUGGCAGCUGAUGCGGAUCUUCCCUAAAGAGAUGCUGAAGAGGAUUCCUCAGAGCACUCUGGCCGACUUUUACCCGCGCGAAGCCAAGCAUUAGCCGGACGCUCGCCGCCGCCGGACGCUCGCCGCGGCCUCGGACCGCUUCCUGCUUCCAUGUGUCGCCGUGUUGUGAUGCUGUUCUCAUCGCUCACGCUUGUGGCUUUGGUGUGAGAACAGAAGGAGGCGGAGCUCUUCACCGGACGGUCAUUUAGAGGAGGAGCCAAAGGCCGGAGUUCUGAUCCAGGAGUUUGGAGGAACCGGAGUCUGAUUCCAGGAAGAUCCUGGAAUCAGACGGAAACAAAAUGAAGAAAAGACGGAAACGGAAAACGUUCAGUUAGGAGAUUGAACAACAACAACGAAACAAUGACACGACAACAACGAAACAAUGACACAACAACAACGAAACAAUGACACAACAACAACGAAACAAUGACACAACAACAACGAAACAAUGACACAACAACACAAAACACAUCAAUAACACACAAAAACAACAUUUCCACGUUUUUUAUAAUUAAAAGUCUGUUGAUACACAACAGAAAAGUAUUUGUGCGACCACUGACCCGGACACACACACACACACACACACACCCCUGUUUGUUUUCAUGAAAUAUAAGUACCUAUGACAAAACCAGAACAAAUGGGUACGUUUGUUUGAUGCCAAACCAAAGGUCCUACAGACCUGGGAAUCAAAUGAUCUUUAGCCAAUGCGUAUAGAAAACCAUUCAGCUAUUCAGAUUUUUGCUACGGCCAUACUCAGUUCAAACCUGAAAUAACUGCUACUUAUGGGGACAUCGUCUUGUUUAUGUGACAUAUGAGUGCCUUAAUCAUUCACACAGUUAUUUCAUGUUUAUGUGAAUUAUGAAACCAAUUGUACACACAAUAACUUGACAUUGAUGUGACUUAUAAAGACCAGAUAACUAUAGUGUCAGUAUUUGCAACUUUGUUUUUUGCAAAAUGUCUGCAUAAAACCAUAUAAUCAUCACAUCCAUCAUUCAUGUAUCCGUUGAUAUAAAUCAGAUCAUCGUGUAAUCCCAAUUAAAUAAAUCUGAGCUCCUGAAGGACUUUUAGGGAGAUGUAUUUAAAUUUCAAGUUAAACCCAAGGGUUAAUUAUGAAUUUUGCAGACAGCAUGCAUGAAGAAAGAAAGCAGAAUACUUUUAGACUUUGUUUUUUGUCUUUUAAUUGCAAUAAACAAUUGCAUAACUCAAACUACAAUAUGUAUUGAACAUUGCUUUAGUAACAUAAAUCAAACAAUGCCACAGCAUAUUUCAACAUGCUGGCUGGGGGAAAAAAAUUGCUGGUCACAUUAAUUGCGAGAAGAUUCUUUAUAUAAAACUCUGCUGAAAAAAUAUGUUCACAUAUAAAAAAAAUAAAA